CGGCUGUGAUCGCUUCGCCAUGAGCUGCCUGGAUGUGAUGUACCAAGUGUUCGCUCCUCAGCCGUACUUCAGCUCCUACAGCCCCUACCACCACCAGAAACUGGCCUUGUAUUCUAAAAUGCAAGACCCCCAGGACAGCAGCAGCAGCAGCAGCAGCCGCCGGCUGGGCCCCCCGGGGCCUCCCGCCAUAAAAGAGGAGGACAAGGAGCUGCCGCCCGGGGCCGAGUACCUGAGCUCCCGCUGCGUCCUCUUCACGUACUUCCAGGGCGACAUCAGCGCGGUGGUGGACGAGCACUUCAGCCGCGCGCUCAGCCAGGCGACGGCGUGCCCCCCCUCCACCAGCCACAAGGCCGUAAGAGCUAACGGACCUAACAGAGCUAAGAAUGUUGAAGAUUGUUCUGGAAAUUCACCAAACUAGAAUAAAACCAUGCAAAGAGAUUGUGAUCACAUCAAAACAGCUAUUUAAGAUGAAUAAAUAAUUCACUUUCAUCACAUAUUUUUGCCGUAUUGUUCGUCCCUUUCUGGAGAUAUUUUGAAACACGUACAUUUUCUGCGAUGUGUUUCCAAACAUCUCCAAACAUCCGAGUGUCAGAAGCUCCAGUUGUUGACAAACCCGAGGGUUUUCUGCAGGAGCUUUUUUCCCAAUGAGCGAAGCGUAUCGUGGCUUAAAAAGGUUGGGAAAACACUGCUGACCUCCGCUUUCUUUCUU